AUGGGGGGCGCGGGCGGCGAGCAGCCCCGCCACAAGGAGGCCGACCGCCUGCCCUCGGGCACCGAGCUGCUGGGGCAGGCUGUCACAACCGGCCCUCUCACGGACCUCGGGCUGCCCGGGGAGCGGGCAAACCCGCCCCCACCCCGACAGGGGAAAUCGACUGGGCUUCUAACCCGGGACCGGCAGCCCGGGUUUCCCAAAGCACACGCGGUGGGGCGAGCCCCUAAUGCCCCGGGGCCCCGGCGUCCCUGUUCCCGCUCUCUGGCAAACUUUCCGAGGGCCCCGAAGGCUCGGAGAACCGGCGCCAUCGACGUACCUGAGACUGCGCGGGCUCCGUCGCGGGGCCGGGGUCGACCGCCGCGGUCUCCUCCCUACUCGGAAGGCCGAGACGCGGGGUCCCCAGCCCGGCCGACCCGCCUUCUCCCCCUCGGAAGCCGGGCCGGGCGAGUGGUGCCGGGACUUCGGCGCCGGCGAAAGGAGAAGUGGAAGUUGAGCGCAGCGCCGGGUCGGUCCCCGCGGCCGCCGGGGCCACCGUUCCCCUCCUUCCUCCCCUCCCUCCUCUCCUCCCUGCCCGCCGGCCCCCGCGGCCCCGCGCCUGUGACUCACCUCGGCGCCGGGGCAGGCUGGUCCGGGCGGGCGAGGCGCAGGGCUCUCCCACACGUCGCGCCGCCAAUGGCAAGUUGGAGGGCGAGAUGCAAAUACCAGAUGAGGCUGCCGAGAGUUUAAGUAAACAGACUCAUGUUCUGUUCCCAGAGAUGAGAGAAGAUACAAGAAGAGAAUGGAGGAAGAACCAUGAUUCGGUCAGUAGAGGAAAAGCUUGGAGUAGAUGGAAGCAGAACAGUAAUCCGAGGAGUGAUGAAGAUCUGAUGUGAACUCACACAUCAUACUCCCAGCACCUCUGUUGCACUGAUGGUUCCCGAUGACCUGUCUGUCUGCCACUAGGUUAUAAAGCCACUGAGGGCAGGGACUGUAUAUUAGUCAUCGUCUUAUCUCUGGGGCCUGUUGUCCCACAGCAUGCAGUAAGUUAUGCUGUAUGUUUGCUAGCUGACCAAUAAAUCCAUUUACAAAUGUA